AUGCAGAACAUAACCAUCAGCCAAUAUGCUUGCAAUGACCAGGUGGCUGUUUCUGUAAUGUGGACAGCUAGUCCUACUGGCAUCGAGUAUCUGAAAGGUUUUCGCAUUAUUCUGGAAGAACUGAAAUCUGAGGGGCGGAUGUGUCAGCAGAUGGUGCUCAAGGACCCCAAGCAGCUGAAUUCCAGCUUUAAAAAAGUUGUUAUGGAGACCCAGCCGUUCAUGAACCUGAAGUUUGAAACUGAUUACUUUGUGAAAAUUGUCCCGUUUCCUUCAAUAAAAAACGAAAGCAACUAUCAUCCAUUUUUCUUCAGAACCCGCACAUGCGAGACAUUACUGCAGCCAGAAAACUUAACCUGCAGGCCAUAUUGGAAACCAAAGAAUGUGAAUGUCACUCAGCAAGGUGUCAACAUGCAGGUGUCAUUUGACCAUGCCCCUUAUAACUUUGGGUUUAACGCCUACUAUGUCAACUAUAGAAUGAAGCACGAUGCUUCCUUUAAACAGAAGGUCUGCAGACAGGUUCAGAACUCGGAUUAUACAAACUGUCUGCUACAGAACGUCUCUCCUGGGGAUUAUGUCAUUGAGCUUCUUGAUGACACUAACACAACCAGACGCUCCAUGCAUUAUUCACUCAAACCAGUGCAUUCUCCUUGGGCUGGACCAAUCCGUGCCAUUGCCAUUACCGUUCCUUUAGUCAUUAUUUCAGCCUUUGCAACACUGUUUACUGUUAUGUGCCGGAAAAAGCAACAAGAAAACAUCUAUUCCCAUCUUGAUGAGGAGAGUUCUGAGUCCUCUACAUAUGCUGGAAGCCUACAUGUUGAAAAACCACGUCCACGGCCAAAAGUGUUUAUUUGCUAUUCCAACAAAGACUGCCAGAAACAUAUCAAUGUGAUCCAGUGUUUUGCUCAUUUCCUGCAGGAUUUCUGUGGAUGUGAAGUUUCUCUGGACUUGUGGGAAAACCUAAAAAUUUGCAAAGAAGGUCAGAGGGAGUGGCUGAAACAGAAGUUGAAAGACACUCAUUACAUCAUCAUUGUGUGCUCCAAGGGUUUGAAGUAUUUUGUAGAGAAGAAGAAGAAGAAGAGCAAGGUCACCAAUCUUGAGUCUGGGAAAGGGGAGAUCUUUGUGAGCGCCAUGUCCAUGAUCACUGAAAAGCUGACCAAGGCCCAGGGCAGCUCCGAUAGUUCAGAUGACCUAAGUAAAUUCAUCACGGUUUACUUUGAUUACUCAAGUGAGAAUGAUAUUCCUGGGGUUCUUGAUAGAACAAAGAAAUACAAACUCAUGGAUCACCUUCCCCAACUCUACUACCACCUGUAUUCCAAGGAGCUAAGCUUGCAGGACCACGAACAGUACCCAACUAACAUCAGCAAGCGCAACUAUUUCCGCAGCAAAGCUGGGCGCUCCUUGUAUGUCGCCAUUUGUAACAUGCACCAGUAUAUUGAACAGGAACCAGACUGGUUUGACAAGCAGCAUGCUCCAUCUCACUCUCCUGCUCAGCAUUGCCAGGAACCGGUGAUGGAGAAAUUUGACUCGGGCCUAGUGUUAAAUGAUGUUGCCGUGAAACAGGUGACAGAGCAUGAUCUGCCUGUGCGAUCAGAAGUGCUGACAUCAGCAGACUGUCAUUCACAAGUGCAGAAUAUUGAUACUGGGGAGGAGUUGGAAGUACCAGUCACUCAUGUUGAGUGUUGUGUUCUGCAGCCAGUGCUCCAUUCUGUGAAGGUGGUCAACCAGACAGACAUGCCUCGGGACUCUGGGAUAUACGAUUCUUCUGUUCCUUCUUCUGAGCUUUCAUUGCCAUUAAUGGAUGGACUACUGCCUGACCAGAUAGAAACCUCAUCUAUUGCAGAGAGUAUUUCAUCAUCUUCAGGACUAGGAGAGGAAGAGCCAACGAUCCCAAAAUCAGUGGUGUACAGCGUGUGCAAAGCAGAUCUCCACUGCCACAUUCACCCGGAUGAGCUCCAAGCCGUUGCACCUUUGUAG